UGUAAAUAUUUUCACCGGCAUGGAGCCAAACAUACCAAACGUUAAAUUAAAUAACGGUUUGGAGUGUCCUGCUUUAGGAAUUGGAACGUACGAGGUGGCGCCGACCGAAGCCAUCUGGGCCGUGAAGGACGCCAUCGACCUGGGCUACCGCCACAUCGACUGCGCCUUCCUCUACCAGAACGAGGAGGCGGUGGGCGCGGCCAUCGCGGGCAAGAUCGCGCAGGGCGUCGUCGUGCGACAGGAGUUGUUCGUCACCGGGAAGCUGUGGAGCACGUUCCACCGGCCGGAGCUGGUGCAGCCUGCGAUAGAGACCACGCUCAGGGACCUGGGCCUGACCUACCUCGACCUCUACCUCAUCCACUGGCCCAUCACGCUCAAGACUGGGGUUCGCGCGGGGAACCUCUUGCUCGCCCCUCGCCAGGAAGGGGACGCACUCCUGCCCAAGGAAGGCGACGACCCGAAGGCCCUGUUCGCCGACUCGGACCUCGUCGCCACGUGGCAGGCCAUGGAGCAGCUGGUGGAGAAGAAGCUGGCCCGGUCCAUCGGCGUGUCGAACUUCAACAGCCAGCAGGUCGCACUGAUCGACGACGUGGCGGCCAUCAAGCCGGUCACCAACCAGGUGGAGUGCCACCCGUACCUGACCCAGAAGAGGCUGAAGGAGCUCUGCAGCUCGCGGGACAUCGCGGUGACCGCCUACUCGCCGCUCGGCGCUCCGGGCCGCAGGAUGUUCCGGGCCGGCGAACCCGUCCUCAUGGACGACCCGGAGAUCCGGAGGAUCGCGGCCUCGCACAAGAAGACUCCGGCCCAGGUCGCCCUGCGCUACCAGAUUCAGAACGGCAACGUCGUCCUUUCCAAAUCCGUGAGGAAGGAGCGAAUCAAGGAGAACAUGAACAUCUUCGACUUCGAGCUGUCCGAGGAAGAAAUGACCGCACUUGACGGCCUCAACCGCAACCAUCGCUACGUGCCUAUGGACUGGAUGAAAGAACAUCCGAACUACCCGUUCAAAAUUGAAUUCUGAGUGUUGGAUCCUGUCAUGGGCUACAUAACAAGACUUGAACAAUAUUUAAAAAGCACUGAAUUAAAUAAUUUUGCAUAAAUCAUAAUAUCUCAUACUAGCAAAAUAAAUCUUUGUAAAUUCUACCAGAUUUUCUUACUGUAAAGAACAUGAUGGAAUUUGUAUCGAAUAAAAACCUGAAAUAAAAUA